AUGGAGACUUCUAAUGUUAUCGAGAACGAAAACAAUCCGUAUGCUUAUCUCGAUAGAGAUCAUUUCACGUCUGAGAAGUACAAGAUUGAAGUGCGCGGUUUACCAAAAUAUUACGGAAUUGGUGAAUUCAAAAAGCUUCUAAACGACAAACUAGAUUUGCAAUCAUGUAAAGUAAAGCCACCUAGGAAAGGCAGCAGUUGGUUGUAUGUAUGUUUCAGAAGUGAGGAAUGUCGUCAACGAGCAAUAAUCUCUAUAAAUGGGAUUUUGUGGAAAAAUAAUAAACUUACCGCACAGGUGGCUAAACCAGCUCCAGAUCCUUUUGUAAAAAGAAAACUGGAAGAAGAGUCUAGCAACAAACGUUUAAAAACUGACACUGAGGAUUCAAAUUGUUCCCCUAUGGAUAGAAUCAAAUUUAUCACUACUCCUUUGUGGAACAUGCCAUAUUCAGAUCAACUGGAAUUCAAGCAGAAGGAGAUGAAAUCUAUCCUAAUAAAAAUUGGUCAGCAAAUGCUUACCGAAAGUAAAACGAUAGAAUGGGUAAAUUCCCAAAAAAAAUUAUAUGAUGGAUUGCCAUGCAAACUACAAAAUAUUCUUUCAGCGGAUGUUACUGAAGCAUAUAGAAAUAAAUGCGAGUUUACAGUUGGUAAAGACAGCGAACAAAGCAAAAUUAUGAUUGGUUUCAGACUAUCAACUUAUGCUUCAGGUUCUACAGCAGUUGGACCUAUCGAUGAUCUUUGUCACAUUCCAGAAAAUAUGAAAAUUGCUAUAAAGAUAUUGGAAACAUUUAUACGUGAAUCAAACUUAGAACCUUUUAAUCCAGUUGAUCAUAGUGGAUAUUGGAGGCAAGUUACUGCUCGAACCACUCGUGCCAAUCAUCUGAUGUUGAUAGUUGGAAUACAUCCUCAGAACCUAAGUAGCAAUGAAUUAGAUAUGUUAAAAUCGCAGCUGAAAAUAUUUUUUGAAACUGGAAAAGGUGUUGAUGCACAUGUUACUUCGUUGUACUUUCAAACAAUAGAUAAGAAAAGUAUAGGUGGUGAAAGUAGUGAUACCUUAUAUCAUAUUAGUGGAACAGAAUAUAUAGAAGAAACGUUACUCGGAAUGAAGUUCCGAGUUUCACCUCAAGCAUUUUUCCAAGUCAAUACAUUGGGAGCAGAAGUCCUAUACAAUGCGGCAAUCGAUCUUGCUGAACCCACGAUGGAUACAGCGCUACUUGAUGUAUGUUGUGGUACUGGAACUAUAGGUCUCUGCUUUUCGAAGUAUUGCGGCGAAGUAUUAGGAGUGGAAAUUAUUCCUGAUGCUAUACAAGACGCGAAGGAAAACGCUGUCAAGAAUGAAAUUAAGAAUUGCGAAUUUUUUGUUGGGAAGGCGGAAGACAUUUUGUUGCCUGUUAUUCAGAGGACAACGAAAUCCAAUAUCACUGCCAUUGUGGACCCUCCACGAGCUGGCUUGCAUCAAAAGGCUCUACUGACACUGCGUAAGUCAAAAAAAUUGAAUAGACUGGUGUACAUAUCGUGUGAUCCUCGUGCUGCCAUGAGAAAUUUAAUUGACUUAGCACGACCUAGUUCCAAGCAAUAUCUUGGUGAACCCUUGGUACCGGUAAAGGCUAUUGCAGUUGACAUGUUUCCUCAUACUAAGCAUUGCGAAUUAAUAUUGUGCCUUGAAAGGCUAUCGAAGGCGAUGAAAUAAAACAAAUAAACCAUUUAAAAAACAGUA